AUGGACGAGAGACGUGUGCUGGUGCGGGUGAAGAGGCGUCUCGAUGAGGAUCCGCUUCCGGAAAUCCUUCUGGAGGAGCCGCGUAAAGAUUCUGAUAAGCGAAAAAGACCCGAUGCCACGGCUGCAGCUCUAAAGCUUGUCGACACGGUUGGGUCCCGACAGUGGCCCGAUGAGGAAUAUGGCCUUCCCGUAGCCUGGUUCCAUGCAGCCGCAAACGCGGCUUGGCCAGCGAUGCCGCAAGGAUGCAUGUCGCAACAACUCGAGCCGAUGCUGGAGCUUCGAGAGGCGUCGCGUCGUCUGAUUGGCGGGUAUGCCGGCGAAACCGUGCAGCUGAUUGAUGUGGACCGUUCCGAAAACUGCCCGAUGCCGGCGGCAGCUUCUGGAUUCACGAUCAAUGGCAUGGAGCUCGUCGCCGAGCCCAGAGCUCCGAGUCCGAGAGAGGAUUUUGUGUGGGACGUCUAUGCGCUCAGUGACCUCCAACAUGCGCCAGCGGCUGCAGUGCAGCUGCAUGAUUCUGUCCUGGGUCCGGAAGAAACGGACCUGGAUGAACUGGAGUCAAUUGACUCUUCAGACGAAGGCCUGACGAUGGUCUCUGCCUCCUGUCGGCUUGCUGCGUUGGCCUGCCAAUGGGUUCAGGCGCUGUUGAGCCAUGGUCACGCAGAAGCAGCUCCGAUGAAGAAUGCGAUGAGCCGGAGGUGUGCCCUUGUGAAGCAUCUCCUGGCCGCACUCCCUGCCCCUGCAGGACGGAUCCCAAUGGGUGAACACUCUGGACUAGUGGGUCCAGUGCUUCCCUCCUCAGUACAGAGCCUCGAGGGAAGCCAGCACCUCAGUUGCCGCUUGAGAGUUUGCCAAGUGGAAAAGAUGACGCACGUAUGGAUCAGAAUCAGAGAUUGUGCAGAUGUUCCUAGAUCGGACUGCACAAGCUUCUGCCUAUGA